AUGACGCUAUCAGACUGGGAUGUGCAACGGCAUGCCCUAUCCACUAUUCCAGUCAUGGCACUGCUAGUGGCAUAUAUUAUUCUCACAUCCGGGCCUCAUAAUGAAUCUCAACGACUUCAUAACUCUGAAGGUAAAACUUGCAUUCUCCCUCUUUCAAUACGCAUUGUGACUAUUUUGGCUCUGGUACUGGGCGUGGAAGCAUAUAUUUGUGGGUUCCAUUCCAAUGGAGCCCUGAAUAUAUUGAUAGCAGGCUUCCGCCUGUCCCUACUAUGGUGUUUUAUAUUUCAAAUAACCAACCACUCAUGGCAUGCUGCAGCUGCAAUUGGAACAUUUAGUGCCAUGUCUACUCGCGAGCCUUUCAAACAGUCUUCAAGUAUGAGAUCAUUUUUACAUGUCGUGGCAACGUUACUUGUUCUUGGUCAGAUCGUCUCAGCGCUCCCAAAACAAGCAAAAACCAAGAUGAUUCUCUGGAUAUUUGCCAUUCUUCCCCUUGGCACCUUUUUAGCGAAUAUCUUUACAAUCAUCGCGCACUCUUCAUCCCAGGUCUCACAAAAUCAUCCAAUUGAUGUCUUGAUUCAAAAAGCAAAAUUGAAUUUUGAUGGCUAUCUCCAAAAACAAUCGAAAAAUUACACGGCUGCUUGUGAUGAAUACCGACGUCGAUACAGUGUAGAGCCACCACCAGGCUUCCAGGCCUGGUAUGAAUUUGCAAAAUCACACAAAUCACCUAUUAUUGAUGAUUUUGAUUUAAUUUAUGAUGGGAUUUCACCAUUUUGGAAACUGAGUGGGAAAGAAGUGCUGGGAAUGAUCAAUGACUCCCAGCAUUUUUCAAAUUGUGAGCUAUGGCGCUGUACUUUGUCCAGUCAUCAUACUUCUAAGAUUGCCUGCCACCAUCCCUACCGUAGUUUUGACAGGCAUAUUGAGCUCUUAUUCAACAAGUUGUUGGAAAAUAUGGAUGUUGUUCUUCCCAGAGUCACAUUUCUUGUCAAUCACUUUGAUGAACCAAGCAUCUUGAUUCCCCCACGAUCACUGGACAACCAAUGGUUUAACCUGACCGACAUGUCAAGACAGAAAGUUUGGGACUCCCUAACUAAAUAUUGCCUAUCCUCCCAUCAUGAUCAGAAGCUUGACACGGAAACCGAUGGCGUGCCAUUUGUAACUAAUGCCAGAACAUCCAAGAACCUUUGUCUGCAUCCUGAAUACCGUAAUAUGCAUGGCAUUGCCAUCAGUCCUACUUCUUUCCACCUAAUCGAAGGCCUUGUACCAAUACUUUCAACCGGGUCGCUGUCAACGAUGGGACACAUCCUAUUCCCUAGUCCGGCGUAUAUUGAAUCCGAGUUUCGAUAUGCAGAGGAGCAUGAUGUUGACUGGGGAAAGAAGAAGAACAACCUAUAUUGGGCUGGCUCAACAACUGGCGGGUUUGCAUCGGAUAGCGAGUGGAAGUAUUUCCACCGACAAAGAUUUGUCAAGUUGGCACAGAAUCUGGAAAAGCGGCAACACUCUUACCUGCGAAAGAAAGGUGGGAAAAUCACGAGUGUGAAAUCACCAUUCCUCGACAGCAGAUUAUAUAAUGUUGGAUUCACCAAAAUAUUCCAAUGUAAAAGAUCGGCUUGCAGAGAUCAACUUGCAUAUUUUGAUGUCAAGCCAUGGGCAGAUAAAGACCAAGCACUCCGAUCACGGCUUGUGUUUGAUAUUGAUGGAAAUGGUAUUAGUGGCCGCUAUUACAAGCUAUUGGCAUCAAAAUCCACCCCCAUGAAGCAUACCCUGCUGCGAGAGUGGCAUGAUGAUCGUUUGGAACCAUGGCUUCACUACAUACCUGUCAGCCAGAGCAUGGAGGAAGUCCCAGAACUGGUUUCUUUCCUUACAUCAACUACAAUUGGACAGCGAAGGGCGAAAGAAAUAGCAGAAUCUGGCCGUGAUUGGUUCUCCCGGGCGUUCCGAGAGAUUGAUCUGGCUAUCUACACCUAUCGUCUGUUGCUUGAACUAGCGCGACUUCAGGACCCAGAAAGGCUCGCGGCACCGUGA